ACCCAGUGUGUGCAUGGUGUGGCCACGAGGUGACUGCUCGUCGUUUCGGUUUGCCUCUGGUGGUCCAAACCACAUGUGGGUGAGCUGCGAGUCAUGAGGCGUUCCAGUUCCAGUCGUUACAAGUUUGCCUUGUUGAACUUUCUCGUUGAGUUCAGUGGGUCCAUGGCUUAGACAAAGAUGUGAUAAGAUCUAAGCCCAUGGUUGCCAACUCCUUGCCAAUGCUCGAAAGAACAUAAUGCUCAUGGCAGCAUAUUCGACUGACGCUGCUCGCAGGGAGAGCAAACACGUGCAGAGUGGAUGCACCUCUUGAAAGGAAGGAGCCAGUCGAGAUCUGUAAUGGGUUAGAUGGUUCUCAAGGUCUCGUCAAAGUUGUUGAGUCGUGGAUAUAAGUGUGAAUCUCGAUUGUACAACAUGCACAUACGUAACAUACACCGUUAGAAAGAACAAGUACGAGGGAGAAAGGUUCUGCAUCGAUCGCAAGAGAAAAGAGGCUGACACAUGUCCGAAUGGACUCGGAAGCCUAUCUAUGGGUUGGCAAAAUCACCGAUUUGAAAUCCUCAGAGGUUCUCAGCUGGAUUGAUGUCCACGCCACUGGAAAGGCGACUCUUAGACUUCUUUGGCCCCAGCCCUACUACCCCAUCUUUAACAGUCAGCAGUACUUCUGUUUACAGUGCCGCUACCGCAGCUUACAGGAAUAUUGUGGCACAUCGCUCCUCUUCUUCUUCUUGUACUCCUCCAGCUUCUGCUUUUCCUUGGGCUGCAGUGCAGUCUUCAGUAGAAGAACUGGUCUGCUGCACUCUGGAGUCUGUCUUCUCUGAGCAUUACUCGCUCAGCUCAGCUCAGCUCAGCUCAGUGCCAGCCUCAUUACAGUGAGUCAAACAGGUAUUGACCCGAGAAGGCAAAUUGACUGUCACCCAGACGCACGCUGUUCUCUUCUCCCUCUCUCUUGCCCUCAGCUCAGUGGGCGAUGGCGACUUGACAAGUCGGAUGCUGGGCUGACGGCAAUCCCCCAACUUGGAUGAGUAAGACUAAUGCGCGGGAGGAGGAGGCGCUGUCCUGCCUGCUGCUGCUGCCUUGCCCUACCGACUGGGCAGACGGCAGUCAAUAAACCUUGCAACAAAGAGUUGAACAACUUCUAUUUCUACUCUGUGCGCAAAUAUGGCAGCCCCAAUUAGAAACCACUGUCAUGACUGACGGAUCUGGGGAAGCCCAGUGGGGCCUGAGAACUUGGAGGCCAGCAACUGGAGGGACGAGGGUGAAAGGCUUGCUUGCCGCAAGGGAAGGAGAUGAAUCGAUAUAAGGCGACUGAUUCGGAGGAGAUGGCUGGGAGCUUGCUCGGAGGUUUGAAUGUGAGACAGUGUCUUUCCCUCCACGUUCCAUGAAGAUAAGAGUAGGUUCUGGACAUGUCAUCUGACUGCUAAUGAUGUUGCUGGGAUUUGCAAGAAAGAUUCUCCGGGAGUGGAGGAAGCCAAGGAAGGAUAAGGAGAAAGCCAAGCACGAAUGGUGCAAGCGGGAUUCCCCGAGCCUCGUCUUCAAUGGCAGAUUUCGUGAGAACUUCCAUCGCCCAUGAUUGUUGCGGACCGACAGCGUUCUGCUUUGAUCCUGGAAUCGCCUGUAUUUCUGCCUUUUUCUACGACACUGCGGGUCAAGCGUAUCUCAUGCUUCAGUAUCUCAUUCCAUACCCUUCGCAGCAUGCGGUUUAAGGCUGCGGUAGCAGAUCGGAGCACAUUCAUCAUCGGUGACAUCACUGUGCAGUAAUCACGAGCCCAAACGGUGCAUGCACAUACUUCCGAUGCCAUGGUUUGUCAUCGUCAUGCAAAUUAAUCAGAAUUAAUCGUCAGAAGUAAUUACUGGAAAGUAAUUACUUCUGAUGCAAGCCCAUGCAUGCAAUAAAAGGCUUGACUUGUUUCUCAGCUGUCCAGAGUCCCCUGAUUGACUACCGUGCCAGUAUCUAUUAAGCUGUCCAGCCUCAAUGGCACGCCUUGGCCACCAAGCGGCCAAGGCUUUUUCUUAUUGCUUUGAA